AUGGUUGGCAAGAAGGGGGAGCCCAAAAAAGAUGCGGAGGCCAAAGGAAAGGGGGGCAAAGGGAAAGGGAAAGAUGGCAAGAAGGGCAAGAAGGAGGCACCCACGCCAAAGGCCCGGGUGAAGCGGAGCCUCCGCAGCACCUCGAAGCUCUUCCUGGGCUUCAAGAAGCUGGGGUUGCGUCGGCCCAAGAAGGGGCAAUUCAAGAACACAUCCCGCUUCUUCUGGGGGCUGCAGAAGCACAGCACCAAGAGGAGGAAGAAGAAGAAGAACAAGGCGGUGCUCAAGUCCACCUCCAACCUCAUGGUUCGCUUCAAGCGCGUGGGCAAGAAGAGGAAGGAGGCAGCCAGCAGCACCUCACCGGCAAAGCCGUCCUUCCUGCUGCUGCGGCGGGGUGGGCAGGCGGCCGAGGAUGGCACGUCCCUCUUCCGCCGGCGCCCGGAAAGGAAAUUCAAGCCGCGGGCGCAAGUGUUGAGCAAGGCAGCCGCCGCCACGGGCUGGCUGGCCAGGAAGGUGCUCUCCCAGCGUGGGCGGCUGGCGGGGGGCGGCCGGGCAGCCGACACGGCCUGGCUCUCCCGUAUCGGUGCCAGGAAGCUGCCAUUCCCCGCAGAAGAUGAGAUCCUCAGGCACCGGGCCAACAUGAAGCGGAUCCCUGGCGGCAGCGGGCUGUCGGGCCCUGGCGCUGCGCGGCACAGCCAGGAGAGGCACGGCAGCAUGGUGCGGCGCCCAUCCCGGCGGCGCUCCCAGCACGCACCUGCGGAUCUGCCAGUGCCACGCUAUGGGUGGGCCGAGGAAGAGGACGGAGCCUACAGCUGCCGGCGUGGCUAUGCCAAGAAGGAGGAUGGAGCCUAUGGCUCCCAACGUGGCUACACCAAGGAGGAGGAUGGAGCCUAUGGCCUCUGGCAUGGCUACACCGAGGAGGAGGAUGGACCCUACGGCCCCCAGCAUGGCUAUGCUGAGGAGGAGGAAGGCUACAUCCAAACCCCAGCCUACCCGGCAGGGUAUGGCUUCAAGGAUGCGGUGCCAACCCCCUAUGCCGACUACCCCAGCUACGAGGCGGAGGAAGAGUACGGCUUCUACGGGGGGUUUUGGGAGGAGGGUGACCCACCAAGGCACCCCUAUGGCUACGUGGAGCUUGAGGAUGAGAGACCGUUUGGUGGUGGGUCCCCCCUCACCCUCUACGAUCCUUAUGGCAGUGACCCAGAGUACGGCGAGGAGAUGGCAGGGCCCAUUGGCUAUGGGAGGGACCCCUACGAGGACUUUGGGGAGCCCCUCACUGGGGGGUACCCAGGGGGCGAAUACCCUGAGCAUCGCAUCCAGUACAGCGAGGGGGGGUGGGCACCGCAUGCCCAGUCCUCUUGCAACCCCUACGCCCUGGCCCUGGAGGAGAUCACCGAGGCCGAGGAGCCCGAGGAGUGGGAGGAAGAGGAGGAGGAGGAUGGGGCAUACCCCUUCUCCAUCCUCAGUGCCUCCUCGCUCCGGGGUAUGCGGGAGACGCUCUCCUCCAAGCUCUCCCUCAAUAGGAAAUUCAGGCUCUUCCCUCGGCCCCAGGUCAAGCUUUUUGGCAGGGACCGCCUGGACGUCCCCCUCCCACCAUCCCCCCACCUCGAGGCUGUCUCCAGCCGAAGCAAGGGGCCGCAGCCCCUCCUCAGGGCGCUCUGUGGGGCAGUCCCUGGCGUCGCUGCUUGUGGGGAGCAUGACGCCCGCCGAAGCCCCUUCAUCCCCACCGCCUGCCUGUCGUCCCUCCUCCUGCUCACCCUCCUUGCCCCGGCGCCCAUCCCGGCGGGACGGGAGCACCCGCAGAUCACCGAGCCCACCGGGCGGGCCCCCCGCCGUGGCACUCGUGCUCCGGGGAUGGUGGAGGCCUUUGAGGGCGAUGGGGCAGCCGGGGAGGAGGGUGCGGGGCGCUACGCGGUGGUGACGCCGCAGGUGCAGAGGUUGGGCUCCUUCCGGCGGGCGUCCCGCAUGUACAAGCAGCACUGGUCCACGCAGCACGUCGUGCGGGUGCGGGAGAUGCCUGACGCCUGGACGGCCGAGCAGGGUGCCCCCCGGCAGCCCACCCAACGUGGUCGGCGGUGGGCGAGCCAGUGGGGAGCCGACAUCGCCCGGUACCUGAGCCAGCGCUCGCUGGCGGGUGGCUGGCGGGACAGGCACCCCUGGGCAGACGGGUACCUGGGCACCAAGCAGCCCUGGCGCAGCAAGAUGCAGUCCCUGUGCAGCCUGCCCAUCGUACGGUACCAGGAGCCGCAGGAGGAGGACGGGCUGGAGGACAUGACCCAGCUGGAGGACCUCCAAGAAGCUGCAGUGCUGAGCAACAUCCGGACGCGGUUUGAGCGCCAGCUUAUCUAUACUUACAUCGGCAGCAUCCUGGUGUCGGUGAACCCGUACCGGCUCUACAACAUCUACGGGACGGAGCAGGUGAUGCAAUAUGAAGGCAGAGCGCUGGGCGAGAACCCACCGCACCUCUUUGCCAUUGCGAACGUCGCCUACUCCAAAGUGAUGGAUGCCAAACACAACCAGUGUAUCGUUAUCAGUGGGGAGAGUGGCUCAGGGAAGACCGAAGCCACCAAGCUGAUCCUGCGCUACCUGGCAGCCGUCAGCCAGAAACGCAGCACUGCCCCGCAGAUAGAGAUCCUGGAGGCGACUCCCUUGCUGGAAUCCUUUGGCAAUGCCAAAACCGUGAGGAAUGACAAUUCCAGCAGGUUUGGGAAAUUUGUGGAAAUCUUUCUGGAGGAUGGCUUCAUCUGUGGUGCCAUAACCUCGCAGUACCUGCUGGAGAAGUCCCGCGUGGUCUUCCAGGCCAAGAGCGAGCGCAACUACCACAUCUUCUACGAGAUGCUGGCAGGGCUGCCCGCCCAGCAGCGGCAGCGAUACUGCCUGCAGGGCGCUGAGACCUACUACUACCUGAAUCAGGGUGGGAACUGCGAGAUCCCCGGCAAGGACGACGCAGAGGAUUUCCGUCGGCUGCUCAACACCGUGGAGGUUCUGGGCUUCAGCGUGGAGGAGCAGAACAGCGUCUUCCGCAUCCUCUCCUCUGUCCUUCACCUGGGCAACGUCUACUUCGAAAAAUACGAGACUGACUGCCAGGAGGUCGCCACGGUGGUGAGCGCCACGGAGAUCCGGACGGUGGCUGAACUGCUGCAGGUCUCCCCCGAGGGCUUGCAGAAAGCCAUUACCUUCAAGGUGACGGAAACGCUGCGGGAGAAGAUUUUUACCCCCCUGACUGUCGAAAGCGCCGUGGAUGCCAGGGACGCCAUUGCCAAGACCCUCUACUCCCUGCUCUUUGGCUGGCUCACAGACCGCAUCAACAAGCUGGUGUACCCACGGCAGGAGGCCCUCUCCAUCGCCAUCCUGGACAUCUAUGGCUUCGAGGACCUCAACUUCAACAGCUUUGAGCAACUGUGCAUCAACUACGCCAACGAGUACCUGCAGUUCUUCUUCAACAAGAUCGUCUUUCAGGAGGAGCAGGAAGAGUACCUCCGGGAGCAGAUUGAGUGGAAGGAGAUCCCCUUCAGCGACAACCAGCCCUGCAUCGACCUCAUCUCCCAGAAGCCCUAUGGCAUUCUCCGGAUCCUCGAUGACCAGAGCUGCUUCCCCCAGGCCACCGACCACACAUUCCUCCAGAAGUGUCACUACCACCAUGGGACGAACCCGCUGUACACCAAGCCGAAGAUGCCGCUGCCCGAGUUCACCAUCAAGCACUAUGCAGGGAAGGUGACCUACCAGGUUCACAAGUUUUUGGAUAAAAACUAUGACCAGGUCCGUCAGGACGUGCUGGACCUGUUCAUCAGCAGCAGGACCAAGGUGGUGGCCAACCUCUUCUUCGGCCAUGCCCAGGUGAUGGCCCGGCAGAGGAGCCUGGUCAGGAGGAGCAGCACCAGGACACGGCGGUACAAGGCCCCCACUGUGGCCGCCCGGUUCCAGCAGUCGCUCCUGGACCUGGUGGAGAAGAUGGAGAGGUGCAACCCCUUCUUUGUGCGCUGUCUCAAACCCAACAACAAGAAGGAGCCAGGGCUCUUCGAGGCUGAUGUGGUCAGCAGCCAGCUGCGGUACUCGGGGAUCCUGGAGACCAUCCGCAUCCGCAAGGAGGGCUUCCCCAUCCGCAUACCCUUCCUAGUCUUCAUCGACAGGUACCGCUGCCUUGUCGACAUGUGGUCCAACGUCAUUCCCAAUGGGGCCAACUGCGUGGAGAUGCUGAGGAACCUCUGCUCUGUCAGCCCCAGCAUGUACUACGUCGGUGUCAGCAAGCUCUUCCUGAAGGAGCAGCUGUACCAGGCACUGGAGAGCAAACGAGCCCGUGCCCAUCACCUGGCUGCACUCACACUCCAGCGCUAUGCUCGCACCUUCUUCAUCAAGAGGCGCUUCCGCUCCCUCCGCCGAAAGAUCGUCCUCCUGCAGAGCCGAGCACGGGGUUACCUGGCCAGGCAGCGGUACCGGCGCAUGCGGCACACACUCAUCAAGUUCAGGUCGCUGGUGCAUAUCUACGUGAACCGCCGGCGGUACCUCAAGCGCAAGGAGGAUUCCCGCCGGCGGGCGGAGGAGGAGAAGGAGAGGAUGAAGAAGGAGCUGACGAGGAGGGAGGUGGUGGACGUCACCCACCUGGAGAUCCCAGCCGAGCUGAUGGGGCUGCUGGAGGCUGCCGCAGGUGAGCAGGUCCCACGUGUGGUCCUGGUACCACCACCGGCGCUGCAGCCCGAUUCCCAGCUCACCCUCCCGCUUGACAUCAAUGACUACCCCAUGGCCAAGUACGUGCGGGGCCACUUCCAGGAGCCAGCAUUUGGGAUGUUGACGGCCCCGCUGGCAGCCCCCCUCACCCGGCUGGACGAGGAGCUGUGCCAUGAGGCGCUCAGCCUCUUCCAGCUGAUCCUGCGGUUCAUGGGGGAUCCGGGGCUGGGCGGCUUGCAGGAGACCCUCUUUGGCAACUACAUCGUACAGAAGGGGCUGUCGGCGCCAGGGCUGCGGGACGAGCUCCUGGCACAAGCCGCCAACCAGGUCUGGCGUAACACCAAUGUCAACAACGAGGAGCGGGGCUGGCUGCUGCUGGCCACCUGCCUCAGUGCCUUCCCCCCCUCCACCACCUUCGACAAGUACCUGCUCAAGUUCGUCUCUGACUACGCCUUUGCCGGCUACAAGCCGGUGUGCCAGCGCAAGCUGAUGCACGCCAUGGCACAGUCGCAGCUGGGCACUGCAGCCGCCCGUGCCUACCCGCCCUCGCUGCUGGAGUGGACAGCGAACCGGCAGCAAGCCAGCAUGGCGCUCGACCUCCACUGCUUCAAUGGCGACCAGUUCUCCUGCCCUGUCCACUCCUGGAGCACAGGCGAGGACCUGGCAGGGGAUGUCCUGAAACACAGGGGGCUGGCGGAGGGCUGGCGCGGCUGGUCCGUGGCCAUGAAGGCAGGUGCCCAGUGGGCUGAGCUGGCUGGCCAUGACUAUGUCCUGGACCUCGUCUCUGACCUCGAGCUGCUCCGGGGCUUUCCCAAGCAGAAGUCCUGCUUCCUCAUCACAUGGGAGGGGACCGAGAGCCACAGUGGGGACAGCCAGGUGGUGUUGGGACACAGCUUGGAUUUGGAUGAAGUGCCUCCUCCCCCAGCUGUGAAAGCCCCCACGCUGCCAUCCAUGGAAGCGUACCCCCAUCACGCAGACGGGGACUUUGGGGAGCCGCGCAGCCAGAAGGGUCUGGACCGGUACCUGGACAGCCUCUUCGACCCUGUGCUCUCCUACGGCAAUGGGGAGCUGGAGAAGCCAGCUGCUGUCUCACAGAGGAUGAAGGGAGGAGGUGGUGUGGGAGGGGGGGACGGCGGCGAUGCCGAGCGCAGCGGACCACCCGUGCCUGCAGAGACGCAUCAGCCGAGGGCACCUGUGGGCCAGCGGUGGCCGGGUGAGCUGGUGCAGCAUUCCCGGCUCAACUCAGAGCACAUCCCGCAGCCCACGCACGACAUCCGCAACAUCAUCCGGCAGUGCCAGCCAGCCCCACGUGGCUCCCAGCCCCCCAGCAAGCUCUUUGGGAAGAAGCUGGACCCCCAUGAGGAAGCCAUGCAGAUCCUGAAGGAGCAGCUCUCGGCAGCCCGGGUGCCAGUGGCUGUGGGGCCCAGGGAGACAGUGGCCACAGUGAAGCCGGUCACCAGUGUCUCCAUCUCGCGGGAGCUCCCGUCCGAGGCACAGCAGGUCCAGACCCAGCUGCACCGGAGCUGCAGCGAGGACUUCUACGCCUACCACAACGUGCCCUGGAAAAUAUACAUCCGCAAGGAGGUUUUCUACCCCAAGGACAACAUCAACAACCCGCUGCUGCUCGACCUCAUCUUCCGGCAGAUCUUCAACGACACGCUCUCCGACACCUGCAUCCGGAUCAGCCAGGAGGAGCGGCUCCGCUUGAAAUCCCUCUUUGCGGAAAACAAGCUGGACUCCUUCAGCCCUGUGGCCACCGAGAGUGUCAAGAGGGAGAUCAUCGCCGCAGCGCGGGAUGGCUGUGAGGUGUAUUUCUCGCGCCUCUUUCCCGCCACGGGCAGCGUGGGGACAGGCGUGCAGAUCCUGGCCGUGUCCCAUGCUGGUGUCAAGCUGCUGCGGCUGGUGAAGGGCACCAACGUCCCUGGGGAGCAGCUGCGGGUGCUGCGGGCAUACAGCUACGCCGACGUGCUGUUCGUGACCACCCCGUCCAGGAAUAUGCUGGAAUUCAACCUGCGCAGUGAGAAGCUCAUUCUCUUCUCCCCCAAAGCCCCCCAGGUCAAGGCCAUGGUUGACCACUUCAUCACGGAGCUCAGGAAGGACUCCCUGUAUGUGGUGGCUGUGAGGAACUACAGCCCAGAGGACGGGAGCCAGCUCAGCUUUCACAAAGGGGACAUCAUCCACCUGCAGCCGCUGGAGUGCCCUGAGAGAGACCACUACUAUGGCUGCGUGGUCCGUAAGAAGGUGAUGUACCUGGAGGAGCUGAAGACAGGCACCCAGGAUUUUGGGUGGAAGUUUGGGGCCAUCCAUGGCAGUUCAGGGCUCUUCCCUGCCGAGUACGUCCAGCCCGUCGUGGCCCCCGACUUCGUCCAUUUGCCAGCAGAGAGGAAAGAGGAGCCCAGGGACAAGCAGGGCAAGGUGGCAGCUUCGGCGGCUGUGGCUGUGGCCGUAGCCUCCACUGCUGUGGCCCAGGAGCUGGACCGGAAAACCGAGGCAUCCCCCACCAGCGCUGCCCUUGCGGAGGGUCCGGAGGGAGACAGCGGCGAGCGGCUCGGGGCCAGUGCGGGGACCUGCCCCAUGCUGGCCUUCGCCCAGCGGUAUUUCCGCACACUGCGGCACGGGACUACAGAAUCCUGUGGGACGAAGGCCAAGAGGGAUGUGCCCAAUGUGCUGGAGAUGCUGAUGUUCACAAAGACCCCCAUCCAGGAGUCGCUCAUCGAAUUCGUGGAUGGUGGCAUCAGCAAACUGGCCGCCGAGGCUUUCCAGGCUGUGAUGAAGUUCAUGGGCGACCACCCUCUGAGGGGGCAGACGGAGCUGGACGCCAUCUGCACCAUCCUCAAGCUGUGUGCGGAGCACGAGGUCCUGCGGGACGAGGUGUACUGCCAGAUCAUCAAGCAGGUCACCAAUAACACCAGCUCCAAGCCGGACAGCUGCCAGAAGGGCUGGAGGUUGCUCUACAUCCUCGCUGCCUACUACAAGUGCUCCGAGGUGCUCAGGCCCUUCCUCCUGGCCUUUCUGCAGGAUGCUAGCAGGCACCCAGAGCUGCCUUUCCAGGGCAUCGCCAAAGCCUGUGAGCAAAACCUGCGGAAAACCCUGCAGUUCGGCGGCCGCAGCCUCUUCCCCAGCAGCAUGGAGCUCAGGGCCAUGGUGGCUGGACGCAGUGCCAAGCGCCAGCUCUUCCUCCUGCCCGGCGGCAUCGAGAGGCACCUCAAGAUCAAGACAUGCUCGGUGGCUCUGGAUGUGAUUGAGGAGCUGUGCUGCGAGAUGGGGCUGCAGCACCCGGAGGCUUUUGACGAGUACAUCCUCUUCGUGGUGACCGACAGAGGGCAGAGCGUGCGGCCGCUGACCCGCCGGGAGUACGUCCUGGACGUGGCUGCUGAGACGGAGCGCCGGGAUGCCAGCUACACCUUCUGGUGCCGCCGCGUGGUCUGGAGCCAGCCCCUCAAGUUCGACAAUGAGCUCUACGUCACUGUCCACUACAACCAGGUGCUCCCUGACUACCUCAAGGGGCUGUUCACCGUCCUGCCGCCCGCAAGGCCGGGAGAGCAGCACUUCCCACACGCGGCCAAGCUGGCCGCCCUCCAGCACCGAGCCAAGGACCGCCACCACCUCCCCACCGUGCGGGAGGUGCAGGACUACAUCCCUCCGCAGCUCUUCUGCCUGCUGAAGGCCCAAUCCUGGCUCCACAUGGUGACCCAGCACAUGCAGCAAGCCCAGGCGCUCAGCGCCCACCAGGCCAGGGCACAGUUCCUGGGGCUGCUGAGUGCCUACCCCAUGUUCGGCUCGUCCUUCUUCUACAUCCAGAGCUGCAGCAACAAUGCCAUCGUCUCACCCUGCAUCCUGGCCGUCAACCAGAAUGGCCUCAACUUCCUCAGCAAGGAGACCCACGAGCCCGUCGCCAAGUUCUCGCUGAAGGAGAUCCAGUCGACGCGGACGCAGCGGCCGACGGCCGGAUCCAGCUACCCCUACGUGGAGAUCACGCUGGGCGACCUCCUGGCCCAGGGCAUCACCCAGCUGCAGCUGGAGCAGGGCCUGGAGCUGUGCCGCGUGGUGGCCGCGCACAUGGAGAAGCUGCUGGGCGCCCGGGAGAAGAGGCUGACGCUGCCGCCCAGCGGGAUCACCCUGCUCUGA